AUAAAAUGGUUGAAUCUAUCAUUAAGACUUAUGCUAUGAUACGCAGUGAAAUCACUGAAUGGUCGUUAUUCGUUUCAAAGAAUGAAUGGGCUGCAAAAGAAUUAGAAAAACAACAAUCAUCCAAAGCAGAUAUCCUCCCCGAACAUUGUGUAGCUAUUUAUUAUGUUGUGAAUUUAGAUGAAAAGAUCAUUGUUGAUAAGUUAUAUAUUACCACUUGGGAUGUCAAAUACAAAGAAGCUUUCAAAGAUCUGAAUUUGAAAUGGGUAUCUAGUCUUUUCAAAGUAGAACCAUCUGAUAUAUAUCAAUUAGAACAACCUGAAGAAAGUAUUCUAGCACAUGGAGGAGAAAUCAUCUUUUUAUUAGGACGAGAUCAUAAAGUGGCAGGCACAGUGGCGAUGGUCAUUCAUGAAGGAGAAUGUGAAUUGGCCAAGAUGACGGUGGCUGAUCAUCAUCAAGGGAAAGGAUAUGCUCAUCCUUUGAUGAACGAGGGCAUUUCAUGGGCACGAAAUAAAGGCCACGCUAGUAUCAAACUCUAUUCAAAUGUCUCCUUGGUCAAAGCUAUCAAACUCUAUGAAAAACAUGGCUUUGUCACUAUUCAUCUAGGAAAACAUCCUAGUUACGAACGUUGUAGUAUCAUUAUGGAACGCAAGUUUUAGAUAAACAUUUUUUUUCCCCUUCGAUUCAAAUAGACUGCUCCGUUAUAUAUAUAUCAAC